UUUAAUUUCAUGAUGAGUACAUCAAAAGCAACAUUAAUCCUCUUCCUCAUCAUCCUAUGCAAUUUCUCCGUCCAAGUGGUGUCGGUGGUAGAGGAUUGCGGCGCCGACGAAAACGACGGCUGCACCGACAAGAAGAAGGCGUUGCCGCUCAAAAUAAUCGCCAUCUUGACAAUCCUAAUCAGCAGCAUGAUCGGCGUCUGCUUGCCACUUGUCAGCCAGUCGGUUCCAGCUCUCAGCCCGGAGCGCAGCCUCUUCGUCAUCGUCAAAGCCUUCGCCGCCGGGAUUAUCCUGGCCACUGGAUUCAUGCAUGUGUUGCCGGAUUCUUUCGACAUGUUGUCGUCCGCCUGUCUGAAAGAAAACCCGUGGCACAAGUUCCCCUUCACCGGAUUCGUCGCAAUGCUCUCUGCGAUUGUGACUCUCAUAAUCGACUCCAUGGCGACAAGCGUCUACUCUAAGAAACAUAGCUCGGGAGCUGUCAAGCCGGAGUCUGGCGGCGAACUGGAGGAGCUGCCGGUGGUGGUGCAAGCUGGCGGCGGCCAUUCUCAUGGCCAUGGACACCACCAUGGAGGCAAGUUGGCAGUCGACGGUGCGCAACUUCUCCGUUACCGAGUCAUUGCCAUGGUUUUGGAGCUCGGAAUAAUAGUUCACUCGAUAGUGAUAGGGCUAUCGCUCGGCGCUUCGAACAACACUUGCUCCAUCAAAGGACUUAUUGCUGCACUAUGCUUCCAUCAAAUGUUUGAAGGAAUGGGCCUUGGUGGUUGCAUUCUCCAGGCAGAGUACAAGUUCAUAAAGAAAGCAGCAAUGGCGUUCUUCUUCAGUGUGACGACACCAUUCGGAAUAGCAUUAGGGCUAGCACUAUCCAGCACAUACAAAGAGAACAGCCCUCGAUCGUUGAUCACCGUCGGAUUGCUUAACGCGUCGUCUGCGGGACUGUUGAUCUAUAUGGCUUUGGUUGAUCUAUUGGCUGCUGAUUUUAUGGGGCCAAAGUUACAGGGAAGUAUCAAACUUCAAAUCAAGUCUUACAUUGCUGUUCUCUUGGGUGCUGGUGGGAUGUCUCUUAUGGCUAAAUGGGCUUGAAAUCUUUUACAUGUAUGUUGUUUUCGAAGAAAACACUCAAAUAUGUUGUGUGUAAUUCAUUGUCGUUUAAAUAAAAUAUACCAUAUUGCAAUUUUUUAGAUACAUGAACUAUAAAUUUUCUAGUGUAAUUGUGUGUCAUUUCAUGGUUUUAUAUUGGGCUAAGUUCAUUUUGCACCCCUGAAUUGGGGUAUGUAUCGAAGAACUCUUUGAAUUAUGAAAUGUAUAAAAUUGUCCCUCCGUUCCCAAUUCGUUUGUUGUACGCUGAUGUGUAGGAAGAUAUAUAUAAAAUUUACGUACGAAGAUGAUUUUACCAAAAAAAAAUUAGGGCAAAUUGCACAUAUUGCCCUGUAAAAUUCUAAUUUUUGCACUUUACCCCUUUAAGUUUUUUAAAGUGAAUGUUUUGCACAUUGUCCCGAUAGCAAAACUCCGAUGGAUUACUUAUCGGAAUUGAGUAUUUUUGUUGCACGUUAUCCCUAUAAAUGUUAUUUUUGUAGCCGUUGCCCCUUAAAAACAUUACAUUUUUUGCACGUUGCCCCUUUAAAAUGUUACUUUUGUUGCACAAUGUCCUCCAAAAAUUGGCUUAUGGGGUAAAGUGCAACCAAAAUAAUUUUUUGAAGGGGGAAUAUACCUUUAUUAAAUUGUUUGAGGGAAAGUGCAAAAAUGGAAAAAAAUUAGGGGGUCAAGUGCAUUUUGUCCCAAAAAAUUACCCAUGAUUUGUUUUAGGGCAAUUGCAUGUCACCCCCUAUAAAUUUUUAUUUUUUGUAUUUUACCCCCUCAAAAUUUAAAAAAGUGAAUGUCCCCU